AGGGCAAUGAAAAAUGCCAUUCAAAUUGUGUUCCCAAAUACAAGACAUCGGUGGUGUCUAUGGCAUAUAAUGAAGAAGGUGUCUGAGAAGUUAGGAGGGUUGACUGAUAAAGAUGAAGUUAGUGGUUGUUUACAUGAUGCUGUUUAUGACUCCCAAACAGGUGCACAAUUUGAGUUCGCAUGGAGUUCUAUGUUGCAAAGGUUUCAUCUUAAUGACCACGAAUGGCUACAUGUGCUUUACAAUGAAAGACAUCGGUGGGUGCCAUGCUACUUGAGGCCAACUUUUUGGGCAGGGAUGUCAACGACCCAACGGAGUGAGAGCAUUAACGCCUUUUUUGACGACUUUGUUCAUUCUAAAACAAGUCUAAAGGAAUUUGUUGAUCAAUAUGGGCGUGCGUUGAAAUGCAAAGUAGAGAAAGAGUUCCAAGAGGAUGCUAAGUGUCUCACCAAAUUGUUGCCUUGUGUGAGUAUAUAUGCCAUGGAACAUGAGUUGCAACAAAU